AUGGCGGAGCGGGCGCCUGAGGCAGAGGCGGAGGCUGAGGCGGGCGCAGGCGGGGAGGCGGCGGCCGAGGAGGGCGCGGCGGGCCGCAAGGCGCGGGGCCGGCCGCGGCUCACGGAAUCAGACCGGGCCCGGCGGCGGCUCGAGUCCCGGAAGAAGUACGACGUGCGGCGCGUGUACCUGGGCGAGGCGCACGGGCCCUGGGUGGACCUGCGGCGCCGCAGCGGCUGGAGCGACGCCAAGCUCGCCGCCUACCUCAUCUCGCUGGAGCGCGGCCAGCGGAGCGGUCGGCACGGGAAGCCUUGGGAGCAGGUCCCCAAAAAGCCAAAGAGGAAGAAAAGGCGUCGACGCAACGUGAACUGCCUAAAGAAUGUGGUGAUCUGGUACGAGGACCACAAGCACCGCUGUCCAUACGAGCCGCACCUGGCUGAGCUGGACCCCACCUUUGGCCUAUACACCACAGCCGUAUGGCAAUGUGAAGCCGGCCACCGCUACUUUCAAGACCUGCACUCACCCCUGAAGCCACUCAGCGACUCAGACCCAGACAGUGACAAAGUGGACAAUGGUCUGGUGGCCGGCAGCUCUGACUCGUCCAGCUCCUGCUCUGGCUCCGACUCUGAGGAGCCCCCUGAAGGCCAGCCAGCCAAGGUGACGGUAGCAGCAGCAGCGGUUACACCCACCAGCCCAGCAGGCAGCAGUGGGCUCAUCACGCAAGAGGGUGUGCACAUCCCUUUCGACGUCCACCAUGUGGAGAGCCUGGCUGAGCAGGGCGCCACACUGUGCCCCAACCCAGCAGGCAGUGGGCCGGAAGCUUUGGAGACGGUGGUGUGCAUGCCGGUGCCUGUGCAAGUGGGCCCAGGCCCUGGUACCCUUUUUGAGAACAUGCCCCAAGAGGCAUUGGGCGAGGUGGUAGCCAGCUGUCCCAUGCCAGGCAUGGUGCCUGGCUCUCAGGUGAUCAUCAUCGCAGGCCCAGGCUAUGAUGCCCUCACGGCUGAAGGCAUCCACCUCAAUGUAGCAGCAGGCAGCGGUGCCCCCAGCGGGGGCCUGGGUGACGAGGUGCCCUGCACCAUGAUGGAGGGUGUGGCAGCCUACACCCAGACGGAGCCUGAGGGCAGCCAACCCAGCACUAUGGACCCCACCGCCAUGGCAGGCAUGGAGACCAAGAAAGAGAAGGAGGACCUGUACGUGCUCAAGAAGGAAAAGGAGGAGCCGGUGGCCCCAGAGCUGACAGAGCUGGCAGCGACAGUGCCUGAGAGUGCACAGCCUGAGGCAGAGGCAGAUGGGGAGGAGCUGGAUGGCAGUGACAUGUCAGCCAUCAUCUACGAGAUCCCCAAGGAGCCUGAGAAGAGGCGAAGGAGCAAGCGGUCACGGGUGAUGGAUGCUGACGGCCUGCUUGAGAUGUUCCACUGUCCCUAUGAGGGCUGCAGCCAAGUGUAUGUGGCUCUUAGUAGUUUCCAGAACCAUGUCAACCUUGUGCAUCGAAAAGGGAAGACCAAAGUAUGCCCUCACCCUGGCUGUGGCAAGAAGUUCUAUUUAUCCAACCACCUACGGCGACACAUGAUCAUCCACUCAGGUCAGGCCCUGGGGCACAGGGGCCUGGGCCUUGGAGCCAGAGUAGGUUCAGGUGUUCGUGAAUUCACCUGUGAGACCUGUGGCAAAUCCUUCAAAAGGAAGAACCACCUGGAGGUACACCGGCGCACGCACACUGGGGAGACACCCCUGCAGUGUGAGAUCUGUGGCUACCAGUGCCGACAGCGCGCUUCGCUCAACUGGCAUAUGAAGAAGCACACGGCAGAGGUGCAGUACAAUUUCACAUGCGAGCGCUGCGGGAAGCGUUUCGAGAAGCUGGACAGCGUCAAGUUCCACACUCUCAAAAGCCACCCAGACCACAAGCCCACUUGACCUACCCAACCACUGACCACCCCUAUUUAUUCGUCCACUGAUGCCACUCCUGAGCCUGCUGGGUCGGGCAGCCACGGGGGGGAGGGUCUCCUGGACCACAAGCCAGAAGGUGGCACCCCUGCCCCGCCCCAGGGCUGGUCCCCUGUCUCUGGAGAUGUCGAUUGGGGCUGCACUGCUGGAACUGUCAAGACAGCAAAGCGAGAUUAAAGAGAGAGAA